CCUCUCCUGCAGCGAAAGAAAGUUCUCCCAUAUCGCACUUCAUCGCUGCCUGCUCCCCUUCCAAACGCCGCCCUCCACAGGCCGCACGCCUUCACUCGUUCCCCGUCUCUCGUGGCGAAAGCGUCCCUCGCAUCCGUUUCGGUAAACCACACAGCCGUCCAUCGAGACCUCCAGCAGUCAAGAUGGGAGAGUCUCGGCAAGAACUCGUGCAAUGGCUCAACAGCCUGCUGCAGCUCAACAUCACCAAGGUCGAGCAGUGCGGAACUGGCGCCGCCUUUUGCCAGGUGUACGAUAGCAUCUUCCUCGACGUGCCCAUGUCCCGAGUCAAGUUCAACGUCAACACCGAAUAUGCCUACAUCCAGAACUUCAAGAUCCUGCAGAACACCUUCACGAAGCAUCAGAUCGACCGGUCCAUCCCCGUCGAAGCGCUCGUGAAGUGCAAGAUGCAGGACAACCUGGAGUUCCUGCAGUGGACGAAGCGGUUCUGGGACCAGCACUACCCGGGCGGCGAGUACGACGCGGUCGGCAGGCGGAAAGGCAGCGCGCUGCCCCCCAGCCGGCCAACCCCCCGGGCGCCCAGCGGCGCCGCCAGACGUCCCGGCGGCACGACUCCGACCAUGGGUGUUUCCCGAGCCCCCGUCAAGCCCGCGGGCGGCGCGGCGACCGCGGCUCUGCAGCAGGAGAACAACACGCUCAAGGAGAUGGUCGUCGGCCUCGAGCGGGAGCGCGACUUCUACUUCGGCAAGCUGCGCGACAUCGAGCUCCUGAUCCAGCAGCUGAUCGAGGAGGAUCCCGAGCUCGAGAAGCAGGAGGACGGGCUCGUCGUGCAGAUCCAGAACAUCCUCUCCGCGACCGAGGAGGGAUUUGAGAUCCCGGAGCCGGAACAAUACGACGACCAAGAGACUUUCUAAGGGUGGACAACGACCGUUCUUCGGGGGAAUGGACGGGAUGGAAAAGGAGUUUUGCGGAGGUAAUAUCGGCUACGGGGCUCGUCCCUAGGCACAUGAUGCAUACGACUUCGGAGCGCGGUUGGUAAAGGCGGGAAGGGCGUAUCUGGUAUGGAGUUGCCCUCUAUACCCUUGCACUGCUUUGGUGCUGCUCCAUGACGCUCUUGGCUGUUUUAGCAUAGCCCUGCGCAGUUACACUGUCUGUGAGAACUGUAGAGAAUGAGAGUGAGAGUUGACCCAG